AGGAUGCUUUCUACGGAGCGUUUGUGCUCGAUGAAUAUAAUGGAUUAAUGUACAUCAGAAACCAUGAAUAAUAUCGUGGGGUUUCUGACUAAAGUAUCCUUUUUUGUGACUGUCCUCUCUAUUGCUUCUGCAACAGAUGAAGGUCAAUGUCCUGCUUCCCAUCCCAACGUCUAUGUCGACGGAAAAUACUGUUGUAAAUCGAACAAGGAAAAAGUUAUCGCUGCUCACGGUACCAAGUGUGACGGCAGUGUGAUUCAGAGAGACAGUUUGUGCUGCGAGGGAGACGAGUACAUACCUUUGCCCAUUGAAACCUGUCAGGGCGACCGGGAAUCUCAGCCAGAGCAAAACUGGAAGCCAGCUCCUCUUCAAACAUAUAUUGAUUAUGACCUCAGCCAGAACGCACUUCACCUAAAAAUAAAACCAACCUAAAGUUCCAGAGUGGAACUACAUAACUCUUAACCACUUUGACCGGGAAUCCAGUAAAUACAGUGCAAAUGUUUCUGUAUCUCUGUGGUUACAAGACUCAGAAGAUUCGAGCUAUGCUUACGCAAAGCUCUACCCUUGUGCAACCACUUCAAAGUAUAUCUCUAAUUGCCAGCAUGAUAAGGAUGGAUUCUGGUUCUUCUCGCUAACCCAAAAUGGCUCCUCUAUCGAUGUUUCUUGUAAUUGUAAUGGUGGAAAUACGGUUGCUUUUGAUGAUGGCUGCAAAGGUCUCGUUCAAGACAUCAACACAGUUUACUUGUCGGCUGGUUUUGGGAAGGGAGAUAUCUUCUAUCAGAUAGCUCCGCAGUGGAAGGUGGCUCCUCUGGAAAGUCUCAUCAGCCACGAACUGGAUUCGGCACCGUUAGAAUUGAAGAUACACCACUGGUUCAAAGGGACAAAGUUUAUCAAGUUUUUCAGGCGAUGGGAGCAUACUACGGAAGCUUACAAGUUGAAAUUAUUACUGUCACUUGAAAGUCAGCCUAAGUUUUCAAACAUUUUAACAAACUGUACUUUUGAAUUGGACAAAAAUGGCAAAUUUUGGAAGUUUACCUUCAAUAAAACAAAGAGCGGUUCAUUGGAAUUGCGAUGUAACAACAAUGAUGACGUUUUUACUGUAUGUGAUGAAUCCUGCAGUUACAAGCUUGUGGAUAUUGAUAAGAUAAGUCUAUCAAAGGAAUUUGGACAAGGAAAAGUUCACUAUCUUCAAAAGCAUACAGAAACAUCACCGGCCCAAUUCUUGCCUAAUUCAAACUGGAGAUCGCCACUUGGUCAGGAUAUUUUUUAUCCUCUAGGUAAUAUCCCUUUACAUCUUCGUAUACGACCACCUGCACCACUGACUUGGAAUCAUAUAUAUUUCAAAUCACAAACAAGACCAACUCUUCUACUGCCAAUCUCAAUUUUUGUGAGCGAAAAUAGAGUUUCUAUCCAUAGCAGUGGGCGUGAUUGUCCUGCGCACUCAAACAACAGGAUGGUCUGUGCAUCUAAACCCGCCAGUCAGUGGAUUGACCUUACAUUUGCGCAAGAUGACAUCUCCUUCGAUGUUUCUUGUGAUGAUGGCAAACUAACUAUUUUCAAGAGAGAGAAUGAAUGCAGAGCGGUACAUGGCACAUUCGAUAUUUUCAGAAUAUCGGAGUUAUCCAGAGCAAAUUCGGUAAUUUACAAAAAUGCUCCACCGUAUUGGGAGAUGCCAGUGGAAAAUACAUUCAUACGUCAUCCUCUGGAAGAAUUCCACUUGAACAUGAAAAUGGCAACUUCGCCAGAAGGUGUUUGGCGUGAAUUCAAGUUCUUCUCUACAGAUUAUGCAAUAAAAAUGACCAUACACUUUUACGUGACUCAAACUGGGGUAUCGCAUGUAAAUAUGGCUACCUGUGGAACAGAAUUUAGAGCAUUGGAAUCCUGCCAAGUUGAAGAUGGACGAUGGGUUUAUUUGGUAUUGGAGAAGUUUGGAGAUCUAGCCUUACACAUAAGUUGUAAUAGCGGACGUCCAGUGAUAUUUGGUAAAGACUGUGUCAGAAAAAUUGGCAACGAUCUCGUGUACUUUUAUCCUUAUUUCACAGUUUAUGGGUCUUUCAUGUACCAAGUCGGCAACCUAGCAGAAGAUAGUGACCAACCAAUCUCCUUGCUAUGGAAAACACCGAUGCCAGACCAAUACAUAAGCCAUCUCCUUGACGAAUCAGCCAUAAAUCUUAAGAUAAAACCCCCAAAAAGUAAUGGGUGGAGACAAGUGAGCUUUUUCACGUCAGAUUACACAUAUAAACUUACGAUAAACCUGUUAACUACUAACUCCGGCAUUACACAUGUUGCUGUAGAUAUCUGCGGGAAUGAUCUCAGAGCUCUAGAUUCGUGUCUUGUGAAUGAUGAGUCUUGGGUGAAUUUGGUGAUCGAGAAAACAAGCCUGUCCGUUGAGAUCAGUUGUGAUGAUGGGGAGCCAUUGGUUUACGGUGAAGAAUGUGCAAGGAAAUUUGGUGAUGAUAGUGCGUAUAUAUUUCUAAAAAGUUUUGGACUAAAAGACGGAUCCGGAUCCGUAUUGUAUCUUCUCCCAUACUAUGAAGAAGAAGAUUCGACGCAAACAACACCAACUGACUGGACAUGGACAUAUUACAAACAAAAUGACUAUAUCUAUCUUACAUCCUCUCCUCUUGAGCUUAAAAUAAAACCAUCUUCUUCAUUGGGGACUCGUAAGACCAAGAUAUGGAUGGCAAUUCACUUUUAUCAUACAUACUAUCAAAGUAAUAUGUUGACGUUGCACCUCUACAUAACAAAGUUUGGGAUUUCUUCAGCCAGAUUGUCAUGCUCAGGGACACAAACAACAAAGGUUGUGCAAGGAUGUAACAGGCAGCCAGGAAAUUGGUUACACCUGUCAAUUUCACAAUCAAGUAAUAUUCUGGGUAUUUCCUGUAACGGAAGGAAAGUUGUUGAGUAUGGAGCGGAGUGUAGUGAGCAACUGGAAAGAAGUUUUAAAGUGGCGAAUUUAGACGGACUCUUACUUGAAUCCUACGAUGUGCAGUAUGCUCCAUAUAAAGGUUUCACAAACUUGGAACCUCUACCGUCAAAUUGGAAAAGGGCACCUCUACAUACAUCAAUUCCUCACAACUUGGAAGAAAAUGCGCUACAUUUGAAGGUGAACAAUACUCCCAUUAAUGGUGAACAAGUCAUUUCUCUACUCACACCCACCAGAGGAUCCACCGAUUUGCAUAGGAUAUCAAUCCGAUUCGUCGACUCAGUGCCAUUUGUGGUAAUGUAUUGGUGUAAGCCAUACAUGAACAAAUUCCUCUCUAAAUGUGAACUUCUUGAUGAUGGAUACAGGUAUUUUAAAGUAGUAAAGAAUGUCGAGGACCAAACCUUGGAGGUAUCCUGCAACGGAGACGUAAUUCUUUACACAGGUUGUACAGCGAUAAUGGCGGAUAAUUUAGCCUGGGUUCGACUCAGCGGAGACUUUGGGACUGUCUUUUAUCAGCCUGAAGAACGAGAUUACCAAGACUGCUCAGUGGAGGAAGUUGGUGUAUCCGGGAACGUAUUUCUGAAGGAGUCUUGCAGAUACGACAACAUGGAUUGGUUUAGAUGUCACAAUGCAAAGGACACCUUGUACAGUUUCAGUUCUGUGAAAAGCUCAUACGAAACGUGCUGGGAACAAGUGUAUGAUACGCUCUGCCCAGAAGACCCUAAAUUCUACCAAGCAUGUGGUCAUGCUGGCUGUACUGCUCUUGUAGGGAGCGAUAUGGGGAAUGGGAAAGGGGCUCAGGUUCUUUGUAAAACUUAUUUGUGUCAUGAAACAUCAGGACAUAAGUUAAUACGUGCAGGAGCACAGUCUUUGCAGAAAAACGGUUGCAAUGGUGUCUUUAACUGCCAGAACACAGACAUUGACGAGCAUUUCAAGUGUGCCGCUCAAAAUGAGACCGGAAACAACAACACAGAAACAACACAUAUCCGAGCCGAAGAAGAAAACCUGGAAUUUUAUAGUUGCAAGGAUAGUUCAAUUCAAAAGUUGCAUCCUAAUAAAACGUGCGAUGACACAUGUGAUUGUAGAUUCUGUGAUGAUGAGAAGAACUGUAAUGGUAUAUCUUACGGGGUGGAGUGUCAAAGAACAUACAAUAUGGGAGGAUAUGUGGAAAGUUAUGGUAUAUGUAAUGAUGAUGCUUCCUGUAUGAGCAAUAAGGAUGAGGAAGGUUGCAACUCGGGUAUAAAGUGUGCCUCAGUGGGAGGGAAGAGUGCGGAAAAACGCAGAAAGUUGGCUGCCUCCCAAAUCUGCGCAGUUCCAAACAGUAGAAUAGUUUGUUCAGACGGGAUGGAUCAAGUGAACUGUUUGGAUAGCAAGAGAGUUGCUCUGACUUGUAGGGUGAACAACAUAACUGCAAGUGUUUCCAUUUUCGGAGUUUGUAAAGGUUUCAACAUAUGUGACGAUGCAUAUGACGAUAGGUGCGAAGAAAUUGAGGCUGGGUGCAUUGUUCACAAGAACCAACUUUGUGACGGCGUUUCCAACUGUCCGGAUGGGUCAGACGAAGCAGAGGACCUAUGUGGUAGCCGUUCCGUCCUUAAUUGUACGCGUAGAGUCGACCUGAGGCCAUCAUAUGACAGAGAAUCAAACAAAAGAUCACUUCCGAUACUAUUCGACUGGGUGUUCGAUGGCGUCGAGGAUUGUGAAGAUGGGAUGGAUGAAAAGGAACAUGAUGAAAAGGGACAUGAUGAAAAAGAACAUAACGAAAAGGAACAGUUCUGGAAAAAAUGCGGUACCAACUAUUGGACCAAUUACAUCGACAUAGACAAGGAUUCCCAGCAAGAGUGUCCCCUGGUGUUAAAGUGCUCAGAUAGAAGCAACUAUGUGAAAUUGACCAGUUUAUGCGACACUGUUAACAGCUGUGGUACCGAGAAUGAUAUGUGCGCUAAAGCAAGGGGCCAAAUCGCUUUGACCAAAGAAAUUGGAGUACAUUCGAUUGGAAAACAUAGUAUGGAACUCAAAACUUUCCCUCGCUGCAAGGAAGGAUUGAACGACUUCCGACAUGAAGCACAGAUUGAUUGCUCAGGGGCCACAAAAUUCACGCACAUUCACUCGACUGUCGCACAAUAUAUGCACACUACUGAACUUAACGUUCCUAAUCAGAUUGAAAGCUGCCAGUAUUACUACGGAGAGUAUUAUGUUUAUAUGAGCUGCUCAGGAAAAUGCAGCGACGCUUCGUGUCCUCUCAAGCACGUGCCAGUUGACACGUGCAUCAACACUAACAAGAGGGUCUACACGAUAACCGAUCAGAAUGAACUCACUGUCCUUUUCAAAGAACAUGGCAAAUACCACAAUGAAAUAUUCCCCUGCAAGAACAAGAACUGCGUGCUGUAUAGACAAGUCUGUGAUAUGAUCAACGAUUGUGGAGAUUGGAGUGAUGAACUGGACUGUUCCAACCACUUUAUGUGCCAGAACAAAGCUACUGCUAAAACUGUGGUCCCUCUAUCGGCUCUUUGUGACGAUGUUUAUGACUGCGCUGACUAUUCAGAUGAGUGUAAUACUCAGUGUCCAACUCCAAAGCGAAUGAUCUUAGGUAACUUAGCACUUGAAAUAUUUUCCUGGAUGACUGGUGGAUUAUCGGCGAUACUCAAUACAGCAGCAGUGUGGAACUCCGUGAACGAACUAAGAAAGACCAAAACUUAUCCCGCUUUGAUAACCUGGGUUAUGGUACUGUUAAUUUCCUUGAGUGAUUUGCUGAUGGGGUGUUAUCUGCUAACAAUCGCCUACCUAAAUCGAUCUUAUGGAACUGGAUAUUGCAAAGAAAAGUUUCACUGGCUAUCAGCUUCAGGGUGCAAGGGUUUAGGGGUCGUCAACACGAUAGCUUCACAGGUUUCUCUCUUUUCCAUGGCAGCCUUGAGUAUAAGCAGACUGAUAACCGUGUCAUCUCGUAAAACUGUGGCAGAUUUAGCCAGAACAACCAAGUCAAUCUUAAAAGUGACUUUAACGGCAUUCGCCGUGAUCUUCUGCUCCACAGUCAUUGCCCUGGUUCCUCUCACACCUGCAUUAGGUGACUACUUUGUCAACGGGUUAUACUACCACGAGAACCCUCUCUUCACUGCUUCUGUUUCUAAGUCUACUCAUUAUUCUGUGUUCGGAUCUUACUAUGGGAGAUACAAAACUGGGCCCCUUACCUGGCAAACUAUUCAACGUAUAACCGCAACUAUGUUCUCAGACGAUCAAGGAGGUAAUUUUAAAUCUUUAAAUUGCUUUCAGAACAGUCCGUGAAUCGGGGUUUUGAAAAAU